AUGGCUGGAACUACGCCCAUGGAUGCGACUACGCUGGAUGUCAUGCCGAUGGAGGUUACUACAUCAGCGCCAGAGACUACUCUGCCCGCGCACGGAACGCAGCCGGGAAUCCGCCUGGUUACCCAUGAGGUGGAGAAGCAGCUUCGUAUGGUGCCGGGCACCCUCUUUGGCCUGACUGCCACGCCAGAAGGCAGAAGCUGGAAAGAAGCAGAGGUAGCCAAGGGCUCCGCUCAAAGCGGAGCUGUACCUCGGGACAUCAGAGGUCGUCAGAUGUUUCUUGGAGAGGCCAAGGAGAUCCUCAAGGCCUUCAAGGAGGCCUUGCUCAGCCCCGCGGUGCUGAGGGCGCUGCAAAGCAUCGAGGACAAAGGCGGACCCCGCACCGAGCAGCAUCGAAGGGUACUCAUCACCCAGGAGUGGAAUCCCAUCAUGAAGCGCUUCGACUUCCCUAUCACAGAGGCAGGGUACGAGGCGAUGAAGGCUGGCGUCAGGAAUUUCGCGGAGAACCCUUAUGUGCGGUCCUGCUGCCACGAGGUGGAGCGGCUCUGCAGCGCGCCUGCGGGCAGCUACUUUGGGGUGCCCACCGAAGAGGAGAUGCAGAAGCGCAAGGCAGAAGAGGCUCGCUUGGAGGAGGAGCGCAAGGCGGAAGAAGCCAAACGCAGGGAGGAGGCUAAGAGAGCGGAAGCUCUGCGGCGGGCAGAGGAGGAAGCCAAGAGAAGAGCAGAGGCCAAGAGGAAGGAAGAGGAGGAAGCUAAGAGGAAGGAAGAGGAGGAAGCCAAGAGGAAGGAAGAGGAAGCCAAGGAGGAAGCCAGGAGAAAAGGAGAGGAGGAAGCAAAGAGGAAAGAAGAGGAGGAAGCCAAGAGAAAAGAAGAGGAGGAAGGAAAGAGAAAAGAGGAGGAGGACGCCAAGAGACAGGCAGAGGGGGAAGGAAAGAGAAAAGAAGAGGAGGACGCCAAGCAAAAAGAGUCAGAGGAAGCUAGGCAAGCAGCACCCGAGGCCACAGAGCGUGCCGAGUCUGAAGAAGCAACGCCUGCCAAAGAGCAGAGUACCGAAGCUGAAACCGAAGUACCCAGCCCAGAAAGCGGGGCUUCCCCACAAAGAUCAGAAGCCCAAAGCGUCGAAUGUCCUCGCGUGCCAGAAGCAGCCGAAGCACCGAGAGCCGAAGCACCGGCAGCCGAAGCACUGGCAGCCGAAGCACCGGCAGCCGAAGCACCAGCAGCUGAAGCACCACUUGUGGACAGCCUGGAGCGUCUGGCUGCAGAGGCCAGGCUCAAGGCCCAGAAGCUGCAGGAGUGUCACAAUGAGGCCAAGCGCAUCAACGGGCACACAGUGCCAUCUUCCGAUCGCACGGUCACCUACGAGUACUUCGAGGCCUUGCGGGGCCUGGGCCUGCGAAAAGCGGCGAAGGCUUCCGCGGAGUUGGUGGGGAUGGCGCCCAAGGGUGCGGUGCUCGAGGGCCUCAUCGAGGUGAACGGCAGCCGCUGGCUGCAGCUCAGCGCUGGCAGCUGCCGGCAGCUGGGGGCCUUGGGAGACUGCGCCUUCGCGUUGCUCCAUGAGGAGCUCCUGGCCCCAGCCACGCCGCCGAACCCGCGGCCCCUGGGCCACGCGGGGCGCUUCGAGGUGCGGGCGGAGCGGGUGGCGGUGCACGCCACCCCUGCGCUGCGCGGCGAGGUGGUGGGGGUGGUCUACGCGGGCCGCAUGCUCAUGGGCACUCCACACCUGGUGGCCGGCUACGCCUGGCUCCGCUUCGAGGAAAGCUCGCGCAAGAAGGUGGAGGGCGCGGCGGGCGCCUGGGCCUUGAUCGACGGCGCGGCCCUGGGCCUGGGACUUCUGCUGCAGCCCAAAGACGGCGACGGCCGCCGGGCCCUGGAGGCCUACCAAGGCCAACUUCAGGCGGCGGUAGCGCCGCCUUCGCCUGAGCCCGCGCCGCCUUCGCAAGCAGUGGCGCCGCCGAAAGCGCCGGCGCCGGCGCCCGAGCCGACGGUGCCCGCGGCGGAGCGGGAAGUGAAGGCGCCGACGCCGGUGACAGACCCGGUGAAGGUGGCGCAGCGUGUGGAUGCCGCCAACCUGGCGAAGCGGCGGCUCAGCCAGCCCUUGCAAUAUCGGGUGCUCGCGGAGGACCACAGCGCGCCUCUGCGGAAGGAGCCCUUGGUCCAAUCACGGGAACUCGCGAAGCUGGAGCGAGGUGAGGUGGUGCUGGGAUUCCCGGGUGGCGGUUGGCUGCAGCUGGCGGAGGGAGAGUUCGUGGGAGCCUGGGUCUUCAUCGGCACACGCUUGUCGGCAUGCUGGGGCGAGCUCUCGGUGACGGCACGCAGCUGGAACGCUCUGGAGGUCACCUGGCCUGGGCUCCACCAGGAGAAGAAGGUGGCCUACAACGUGGAGUGGAGAACCCCGGAGGGCGCGGCCAAGCAAAUGCGGGGGCACAAGGUUUCCGCCAGCAACAAGGUGGUCGUGGGUAACUUGCCGCCCGGGCUUCUGUGCUUCCGGGUGGGCGCGCGAGUGGCGAGUACCGUGGACGAUGAGGACCUGCGACUCUUUGGGCCGUGGGCCGAGCUUCUUGCGGGCGACCCGUGAGGCGCUCAGAUGGAUUUGUCAUGUUGGAUGAGCCUGGCCGUGUAGGUUUUGUAGCCCGUAAGGUUCACAGCUUUAUGUGAACGCAUCGCAG